AAUGAAAACACGUUCAGGAGCAAGAAUGCAAAGAAGAGAAAGCAAGAAAUGACUUGUGGUGAAUUGUAGUGAUUAUAUUUGUCAUAUAGUGUGGUUAAUAUUUUCUUCAUCUGAGAAAUUUUGAUUCUUACUCGAUAUUAGUGACAGAAAAACCGCAUUAGUAACAUAGAAAAAUAAUGGAUAACAUAUUUGGAAAGGAAGAUUCUGGGGAUGAAAGCGAGCAUAAUGAUAUUGAAGAGAGAGAUGAAGAUAAAGAUACUAAAAAUAGUCCCUCACAAAAUUCAGGAUCAAAAGAUGCAGAAGCUAUGGAUACCGAUGGUGUACAAGCUAAGAUAGAGUCUGAUGCAAUGAGCUCUCAGUCCCAGUCACAGUCAGAUACAGAAGAGAAUGAAAAUACUGGGUUACAUUCCAUGUGUCCAAUCAUAGAAGAUCAAAUGGAAGUCAUAAGCAAUGAGAUUGACAUAAAGGAGGAAGAACAAACAGCAGAAGACAUAUUUAGCAAUGAUAUUAUAUUACCUCGUCCAAAUCCAAUCAGUGCAAAAGAAAGAAGAGAAAGCAAAGAAAAGAGUAAAAAGGAAUUAGAGGAGGAAGAACGAGAGAAAAUGCAAGUACUAGUGUCUAAUUUUACUGAAGAUCAGUUGGACAGGUAUGAAAUGUACAGACGGUCUGCAUUCCCAAAAGCAGCUAUAAAAAGGAUCAUGCAAACUAUAACGGGCUGUUCAGUAUCACAGAAUGUUGUCAUAGCUAUGUCAGGAAUUGCCAAAGUAUUUGUUGGCGAAAUUGUGGAAGAAGCUUUAGACGUCAUGGAAGCUCAGAAUGAAACCGGUCCGUUACAACCGAAGCACUUGAGAGAAGCUGUCCGUAGGUUACGAUUACAAGGUCAAAUACCAAACAGCCGAGGACACAAAGCUUUUUUCAGGCUGUAAUCAAUCCGUGUAUUAUAUUAAUGUAAUACUUCUUAUAUUACAUAGCUCAUCGGUAUUAGAGUCUAUUAAUAUAGUUUCUGUACAUAAACUAUGUUUUGUUUCAUAUUUUUAAUGAAAAGAGAUUAUUUAUAUCUUUUUUAUCAAUUUACUCUUA